CCGUCAUACGCUAUGAUUCAUGACCAGAUUUGCACGAGAGGCAAAGACACUAUUUUGAAUGAUCUAUUUCGGUUCUGCAGAUGACGCGGUAAACUCCUGUAGAAAUGUCGACCAAAGCAGCUCUCAAAGCAGCGAAAACGGCGCUGGACGGGCAAGACUACGACAAAGCAAUAGAACAAGCUGAGAACGUACUUUCGUCCGAUCCACAGAACUAUUUUGCUAGAUUGUUUCUUGGCCGUGCAUUCGAGAAGAAGGGGAAAUAUGAAGAUUCUGCGAAAACGUACCAUGCAGCGGCCGCGUCGAAACCAGAUGAUGCACAAGCAUGGCUUGGUCUUUGCAGCGUAUACGAGGCUCAAGAAGGGCGGAAACUUGAUGACUAUCGUGAAGCUGCAGUCAAGGCUGCGCAAAUAGUUGGAGAAGCGUCUGAGGACAAGGAACGAUGUCAAACCAUCAUUGACAAACUCGUAGCUUUCACCAAGAAACAUGGAGACGCACGUCAUGUUAGAAAGGUUCUUCGCGUCAUGCUGCCGGAAUCUCCGGUUUAUGAUCUGCUAGAAGGUCGCAUCCCUCGUCCAUCACAUACUUUUACAAGGAUAGCGGACCUCACAGAGGUUGAAGAAGCUCAACGCAUGAAACAAGAAAUUGCUGAGCGUCGCACGAGGAUUGGAGCUCGCGUGAAUCAAGUCACAAUUGACGUCAAACGCGAGAUCUUCGGUAGUAGUGAAUUAGAAGAUCUUUAUCAGCAGGUCAUAAAUUGGUCUUCAGACGAUGAGAUUCGGCGACAGUAUGAGGAAAAGCUAUUAGAGCGUGCCCAUGAAGCGUUGAUUGUCUUGCCUUCAGACCAAAAAGCAGAGAAGCUCGAUCAAGUCUUGACACUAGCAGAAGGCAUGGUCAUCAUCCACCAUCCAUUUGUGCUCGCGUGGAACCUCGUCCUCGAAUCUCGCGAUCUCGAUGACCUUCGAGGUUUGGAUGCCGGCAUCAUACGAGAAUACAUUGAACUUUUCCCGGAAAGUGGGCUGGGGAGGAUAUUGAAGGCUUGGUUGACGAGUGAAUUAUCUCCAUUUCCAGCUCCCAAGAGGAAGACAGACGCGGACGGAGAAGAUGUCGAAAUACCAUUGACUCCAGAAGAUCGACUCCUGCUCAUGACUGAAGGCAUCCUCGACGCUAAAUCAUCACCAUUCGCUCACAGAUUAGUGGCAGACUAUUACUUACAUCUAGAGGAAAAUCAGAGUGCGAUGGAAAUCAGUCAGUCAGGAAUCAAGGCACUCGCGUCUCAAUCUGUGAACCUCGGACUAGCGCUACAAAAUACCAAAGAUGCCUUGAACUCCGUUCUCGGAACUGCAUAUGUUCACCACCAGGCUCCUCGACAUCAUGCAGAAGCUCGUAAACUUUUUGAAGACAUCCUUCGGCGCAAGCCUAAGUUCACGCCAGCUCUAAUCGGUCUUGGUCUUAUCUUCGAAGAGACGGAAGAUUUUCAAGACGCAGUCAAAUUCCUUUCUCAAGCGCUCGAGGAGGACAAGGGCAAUGUGCGUGUUGGAACAGAACUAGCUUGGUGUAGAGCACAAAGCGGCGACUAUCAGCAAGCGCGAGCCGAGCUGGAAGAUCUGUUGCAAAGGAUUAGAGCGGACGACCCACGCACAAGAGAUCUUCGGGCCCAAACAUUGUACAGGAUCGGAAUUUGUAUGUGGGAAUCGGACUCGAGCAAAGCAGCUCGCAGAGAUCGCAAUGGCUCAUACAGCCGAUUCCUGGCUGCCAUCAAGACCAACAUCAAUCACGCUCCAUCCUACACUAGUCUCGGAUUCUACUAUCAAGAUUAUGCCAAAGAUAGAAAGCGCGCUCGGCAGUGUUUCCAAAAGGCAUUCGAAUUAUCGUCUGCCGAAAUCAUUGCGGCGGAACACCUGGCAAAGUUUUUCGCCGAUCAAGGAGACUGGGAUAUUGUAGAGGUCAUCGCACAGCGUGUUGUUGACUCAGGAAGGACCCGACCACCUCCCGGAUCUAAGAAACGGGGCAUCAGCUGGCCAUACUCUGCGCUUGGAGUCGUACAGAUGGGUAAACAGGAGUAUCAACAAGCUAUUGUAUCUUUCCUAUCUGCGCUUCGCAUCAACCCCACCGAUUAUCAAUCUUUUGUCGGACUCGGCGAAAGCUAUCACAAUUCGGGACGCUACAAUUCGGCGUUACGGACCUUCAAUCAUGCUCUCAAUCCAGGUGAUGAUGUUGACAUGAGGAUUUCUGGAGAAACCUGGUUUGCUGAGUACAUGCUGGCCAAUGUACAUCGCGAACUCGGCGACUACGACGAGGCGAGUUCCCGACUACAAGCCGUGCUGAAAGAACGUCCCACGGAAUUUGGUGUGCAAAUGUCGCUCCUUCAAACAUUCGUCGAGCGCUCGGCUCGAAAUAUUGAAAUGGGCGUUUUCGGCCAGGCCAUACGAAGUGCGAUUGAUGCGAUCAAAAUUGCGGGCACCAUCGCACAAACCAACGCUAAUGCCUUCAACCUCUGGAAAGCCACAGGAGAUGCGUGCGCCAUAUUCUCUCUUGUACAGUCUGGCGACAUCGAGUUUCCCGCACAGGAGAUCUCAGCUUUGCUGGAUGUCUCCGAUGAUGACGAGACGUAUCAUCAGCUUGCAGACGUCGACGGGAUCUCAAAGCAAUCUUUUCAAGAUGCCUCGAUGGACCAGAGCUCUUCCUCGCGUACCAUACCAAUCUCACAGGCUGCAGCUUUACUCUGCUACAAGCGUGCCAUUUACUGUUCGUCCAACGACGUCCAUGCGCAAUCAGUAGCUUGGUACAACUUGGGCUGGGCUGAGCAGCGCGCACAUGCCUGUAGCACGGUCAAAGCAGGCAAGAAAUUCCUCCGCGCUGCCGUUCGAUGUUUCAAGCGCGCGAUUGAGCUGGAGGCCGGCAAUGCAGAGCUCUGGAACGCGCUCGGCGUGGUGACUACGACCCUCAAUCCGAAAGUCGCUCAACAUGCAUUCGUCCGUUCACUACAUCUGAACGAGCUCAAUGCUAAGGUUUGGGCCAACCUUGGAGUCCUCUACCUGCAACAGAAUGAUCUUGAGCUCGCACAUCAAGCUUUCGGUCGAUCUCAGAGCACUGACCCAGAUUAUGCGCAUGCUUGGGUCGGUGAGGGUCUGAUCUCACUACUAGGUGGAAAUUCAAAUGAGGCCCUGAAACACUUCACGCACGCGUUCGAAAUUGCGGAUUCCAGCUCGAAGAUCGUGAAGCGCCAAUACACAGUCUCAAUUUUCGACGAUAUACUCGCGGCUCAAUCAACGUCCACGGACCUGAACAAGCUCGUGCAGCCACUCUUCGCAUUGGACCAACUCCGUACUCAGGUGCCAUCUGACCUCCCGUCCCGUCAUUUAGCCGCGCUUCUCCUCGAGCGCGUCGGCAAUAAAACCAUUGCCAUCGAAACUCUCACGGACCUUUGCUCUCUGGCCGAAGCAGACUAUGAGGCUUCUGAAUCUCUAACCGCACUUGCACGUUUCGCCAUGGCCAAGUCUGAUCUCGCUCGUAAUCAACUCGCCGUACAUGAUUACAGCAAUGCCGCAGAGAACGCCGAGACUGCACUUGAUCUCUCCUCUGACGCCGAAAGCAGCGGCCUCGACGUCGAAGCACGCCGGAAGUUGCGCUUGUCAGCUCAUCUCACGGUGGGACUUGCGCGCUUCAAAUUGAAUGAUAUGCAGGAGAGCAUUGCCAUGUUCCGCGCAGCAUUGGUAGAGAGCUCUAAUGACCCGGAUGUCGUCUGCGCGCUCGUUCGCGUGCUCUGGGCACAAGGCGGCGAGGAAGAGAAGAAUGUCGCACGCGAGCAAUUGCUCGAGAGCGUCGAAAAGGAACCCGAACACCUCGGCGCCGUGACACUGUUAGGCGCAAUGGCGCUCCUAGACGGCGAUGAAGAGACCUCACUUGCUGUGGGCGAUGAUCUCCUUACAUUGCGUACUAAGCAAGGGUUGAGAUUGGGCGAGCGAGACGGCGUUGAGAAUCUCCUUGCGGCAUUGGCAGCGCUGACAACCAAAGAUGAGAGUCUAGUAGAGGAGCGUAUGCGCUCGGCGGUGCAGAAUGCGAUUGUGCUCAAGCCGGAUCAUCCUCGUGCUUGGUCGGAAUUGGCGGAGAUGACUGGUGAUUCAAACGCGGCGACGAUGGCAUUGAAGACUGCGGCGAAAGCGGUCCCGCCUGUGGGCGAGAUCGACGCCUUGAAACUUGCGGAGGCAUUUGCCGGUGUAGGAACGGCUGCUGAUGCGCAAAGGGCGAUGUUUUUGGCGCCAUGGGAUGCAUGUGGCUGGACUAGCAUGAGUCAUUGUCUAGAGCUCUAAUGAUAACGAU